UAAAACGGCCGGGCCUUUUCUCCAGUUUAAAUUUCCCGGGGUCAAAAUACCCGGAUCAAAGCCGAUGUGAGAUUGAUAAGGACUUUAUCCAAUAGCGUCGUAGAGAGGCGUAUCCUUACACGGACGCUCCAAUCGGCACGCAGAGAGUCGGCGUCUCCAAGGUGAACGCGGAAGUAAGCACGCCCCCAUGGAAUCGAUCCUGCAACACCUGGAGCGCUUCUCCGAGCUUCUGGCCGUCUCCCGCACGACCCACGUCAGCACCUGGGACCCCGCAACCGUGCGCCGGGCCUUGCAGUGGGCUCGCUACCUGCGCCACGUCCACAGUCGCUUUGGCCGCCAUGUCCGCAUUCGCACGGCUCUGGAACGGCGACUGCAGAAACGGGGGAGACAGGACGGCGCCCCUGGGUCCGCUCCAGUCCCCGGCUUGACGAACUUCCAGGCGCUGGGGCGCUGUGACCGCCUGCUGUCUCUGCGCCUGCUGGAGAACCGGGCCCUCGGGGAUGCCGCCUAUCACUACCUGCUGCAGCAGCUCUUUCCGGGCCCUGGCGUCCCGGACGCCGACGAGGAGACGCUUCAAGGCAGCCUGGUUCGCCUCGCCCGCCGCGGCUCCGCCGUCCACAUGCUGCGUUUCGUCGGCUACGGAGAGAACUCGGUGCUUGAGGACGCAGUGCUGAAGACCCAGGCGGAGCUGCUGCUGGAGCGUCUGCGGGAGGUGCCGAAGGCCGAAGCCCAGGGCCCCAGCAGGUUUCUCGGCGCUCUGUGGGACCGCUUGCCUCAGAACAACUUUCUGAAGGUGAUAGCGGUCGCGCUGCUGCUUCCCCCGUCGUCUCCCCGGCCCCAGGGAGAAGAGUUGGAGCUGGGCACCCCCAAAACGCCCGGAGAGGGGGGUCAGGAGCUGGUCCGUUGGCUUUUGGCGAAGUCAGGUGUCAUGGCUGCCUUUUGCCACAACCUCCCGGUCGGGCUUUUAACUUCGGUGGCAGGCCGCCAUCCAGAGCUCUCCCGGGCCUACCUGGGUCUGCUUACGGACUGGGGUCGACUUCUGCGCUACGACCUUGAGAAAGGCACUUGGGUUGGAGCUGAGUCCCAACACGUGUCCUGGGAGGAGUUGUACGGCAGGUUUCAAAGCCUCUGUCAGGCCCCUCCACCUCUCAAAGAUGAAGUUCUAACUGCCCUGGAGUCCUGCAAGGCGCAAGAUGGAGAUUUCCAAGUCCCUGGUCUCAGCAUCUGGACAGACCUGUUGUUAGCUCUUGGGAGUGCGUCGUGAUAGUGCAGUUGGGGGGAACAAAAGUUUUAGGUCUCAGCCCAGGCCCCAGUUCACUAUGGGCGGUGUUCUGUUAUUAUUUGUAGGUAUAGUUUACAAAAUUAAAAUUCCAGUGCUUGCUCCAGAUCUGUACGUUCAAGUGUCCAAAAUAUUAUUUUAGGUGCUAAUUUAUAAUAGGAUUAUAAUUUAUAAUUUGUAAAGGAACUGGCUUGUACUGUCAUGGAUUUUGUGGAUAGAGGAGUGACUUUGGAAGGAUCCUACUUAAAGCCAAGAGAUUAACAAUAGUUUGCUUAUUAGAAGGCUCCUUCCUAAGAAUGCUGAAAAGAUGUGUACUUUUAAAAGUGACAAAACCACCUUUUUUUUCUAUAAGUAUGGCUUACUUUUGUAGCCCCCCUCCCCCUUACCCACCGCUCAGUAGUGAAGAGUUUCCUUUAACCAACAACAUGGGUUGUCAAAAAAUGUUCGUUUGAAAAGCUAACUGGCCUGUUUGGAGUUUAAACCCUGGACUUUGGCCUUUUUAACCUAGUAUCCUAACCAAUUAGCCAGCCUCAACAUGUAUUAAAAUUGUGUUGUUCAAUGAGUUUCUUAUUUCUGCAAAUCACUGCUCUCUGAAAUUCAGAGACCAAACAGGUUUCUUUUGUUUUGUUUUGUUUUUUGUUUUUUACCAAACAAUAUUUUAAAGCACUGACUUAAGGAUGAGAAAAAAAAAAAAAUUGCUUAAGGUAUAGUAAAUACAAAUAUAUGCCCUUGGAUUUAGCAUUUGAUGGUAAAACAAUCAAACCAAAUAUGAAUUAGAAGACCCAGAUUUUAGUGCUUCAGCCAUUGACUAGAUUAAUAAAUCACAGUCUUGGUGCUACAGUUGCCUCAUGUGUUAAAUGAAGUGUUUAAAAUAGUUAAAUUUCCUCAUUUUUUCCUUAAUGGCUGCCCUAUGGGAACAGUUUAGAAUAUUUGUCUCGUGUGUGUAGGAACCUAAUUUUGUGAGUUUACCCAGAUGCUCCACAACUGGUAGAGUGAUUCCCAAUCUCCAAACUUGAGUGUUUUAUUAACUUUUAUUAGGGGGAUAUAACUUUGCAUUUAUAAAGAUAUUUUUGUCCCUAUCCAAGUUAGUUGGUAGCAAGAUUUUUUUUGAAAACGUAGGGAUGUUCAGAAAGUUAAUUCCUAAUUUCCAGAAACGUAGUUAGAAUGAGAAGUUGUAUAAUCUUGUGGAAUUUUUAACUCUAUAAUAGAACGUGGAGUAAGCUACUGUUCCCCUAGCAUGUACACUUUUUUUUAGAUAAUCCUAGGUUAACAGUAGUAGGUUCUAUUUUCCUGUGGUCUGAUUCCUUUUUCUACCUCUAAUCCAUGUAGACCAUCUUUUAGAUUGUUUGCCAUUAAUGCAAGAAGAAAGGCAAUUCCUUCUGUCAGUUACAUGAACUGUUUCAGGAAACAACCUAGUGAAGUUCUAUAGGGGCAAGUCCUAAUGUUGACUCAACCCCAAAUCCCAUAACUCUAAGGUUUAGCUUUAGAGAAUGACAGUUUGUAAUUUCCCUAUUGCUGCAGCUAUAUUGCAUACUCUUAUUUAAAAUGAUAAAAAUUGAUAUAGAUUUAAGAAAAUUUUAAAAUCCAUAUUUAUACCUAAGCAUAUCUUAUUUUAGGCUCUAUGUUAUGUUCAUUACAUAGAUAAUCUUGUCUAAUCUUCAUACCAAGACUGUAUUCUUAUAAAUCAGGGUAUAGGCUGAAAGAGAUCAAGAAGAAUGCCCAAGGGCACACAGAAAAUAAGUAACACGGGAACAGAAGCCCUAUCUGUUUUGUUUUCUUUUCCCCCCAGAGCCUAGCACAGUGCCUGGCAUGUGGUAGGUACUCCAGAUGUUUGCAUAAAUGAAACCAGGAUUAGAACCUUAAUCUGUAUUCUUUAUCUUAUUUUAAACAGAAUUAAAUAUUUGAAAAUAUGCUAUUGAUUAUAGCAAUCUUAUUUCUCUAGGAAUCUAUAAGAAAAAGGGAGAGGAAGGGAUGAGAAAUAAUUUCAAGCUUCUCAUGAGUUGGCAAAUAAAAUGACUUCAUGUCUGUUGUAUUGCUGUUAGUAUUAUUUGAGGACAUACAUCUCAGUGUUCUCUUAGCACUUUUCGGGCUGGUUGUAUAUUUAUUGAGUGUAUUAGACUAUUUCAAAUCUAAAUGCUGUUGUCUAUGUGCUGGCUACUCAUUCUGAUUCUAAUGGAAAAUGCCUAAGAUUUGGCUUUUGGCGAAUAAAUUUGUCACAUUUUUGGUGUCAUAUGUAUGAUGUUAUAUAGUUUACAGAGUUUUACAAUUAAAUCAUCUAGCAGAAACUCUGUAAGACAGGGCAAUGUGCUGUGAGCUUCCAAUUUUAUUAAUUGAGACUCAGGAAUUGAAUCUCAACAUUUGUCCAACAUUGUAUGGUGGUAAAGCCAAUGUAGAUCUGGAUAUUUUCUAACUUAAAUUGCUCCACAAACUUUCUAGGUGAUUUUAGGUGAUUGGUGAUUUGAAAACCAAUAUUUAGUUAAAAGGAUCUGUAUCAUCAUUGUAAACUCCCAACUAACACAGGGUCUGGCACAUAUAUUGUAUUUAAAUUCAAUUUAGUUAACAUCUAGUAUAUUAUUAGUUUCAGGGGUAGAAUUUAGUGAUUCAUCAGUUGCAUAUAACAUCCAGUGCUCUUCCGUCAAGCGCUCUCCUUAAUGCCCAUCACCCAGUUACCCCAUCCUCCCCACUGACCUCCCCUGCAGCAACCCUCAGUUUAUUCCCUAUAUUUUUUCAAUAUUCUAUUAAGUUUGGGUUAUUACCCCCUGCUAUAACUUUUACCAAGUUAUUUCACUCUCUCAAUGAGAGUUUAUUCAUCUGUUAAAUGGAAAAAUGCCACCUUUUCUACUACUUAGCAUAAUUAAAAGAUAAAAUGAUAAUGCAUAUGAAAAUGAUUUCAGAAGUUAUAAACAGGCAUAUUCACUUAUUUUCUUUAGGUUGAUAAAUACAAAUACAUGUUUGUAAAUUAUGUAAAUUUAAUCCAUUAGUAUUUAUGAAGAGCAACUAUACAUAAAAAUAAAAUGAGAACUAAGAAUGAAACUUAUUAUUUAGAUUUGACCAUUAAAAUAAAUUUAAAAAGAAAAUGAGGUUAAAAUGAAAUUGAGAAGGGCGCCUGGGUGGCUCAGUCAUUAAGCGUCUGCCUUUGGCUCAGGUCAUGAUCCCAGAGUCCUGGGAUCUACCCCACAUCAGGCUCUCUGUGUUUCCUCUCUGUCUCUCUCUCUGUCAAAUAAAUAAAAUCUUUAAAAAAUAAUUAAAUAAAAUGGGGUUGAGAGUUUAAUACAGUAAACACAUUUUUGUUGUAUAAAUAACAAUAUUAAAGGAAUAUCCUGUCACCUCAGCACUAUUUUAAUGUCUAUGUAUUCCUUUCCAUCUUUUGGUCAUAUGUCCACUAUUUCUAUAGCUAGAAUAAAUGUACAUGCCAUUUCUAGAUUUUAUAAAGUUAUCAAACAUACUCAUAUUUAGUCCUUAAAAAUAAAGAAAAUCUGCACUGAUUAUAGACUGUCCUAAAUAAAUAUUAGUUAAAUGCUUUUCCUACAUUUAAUGAGAUGAAAAUGUUGAGGUCUAUUUCCACCUUUAUUAUGCUAUCUUUUCUAAUGAUAAUUUGUCAUUUCAUUUCUGGGAUAUUCAACUUAGUCAAAUGUAUUAACUUUUUAAUAUUCUGUUAAUUCCAUGCAUAUUUUGUUUAGAUUUUUGAUUCUCAGUUCAUAAGUGAAGUUGGCCUGUAAUAUUUUAUUCUUACUUUUGUUUGAAAUUAAGAUAUAUUGUCCAUACCAUUUGAAUUAUGGACUGUUUCUAUUUUUCUUAUUGUAUGGAAGGGUUAUAUAAAAUUGGAAUGAUCAAUUCCUUGAGAGUUUUGUAGAAUUUCUCUAAUACAAUCUGAGCUUGAUUUUUUUUUUAAUUACUUAACUAAAAUUUAAAUUUUGUUAGUGGUUAUAACAUGUCUGUUUCUUCUUAAGUCAGUUUUGGUAAGUUACAUUUAUCUAAAAAUUUAUUUCAUCUAACUUUACAAAUCUAUUGGAACAAAGUGGUUUCUUAUUUUUUUAUCACUAAUAUCUUCUUAGCUUUUUUGUCAUUAGUGUAUCUAUAGUUCCGUUUCAUUUUUGUUCUUUUUUUUUUUUUACUUAGCCUGUCUUUGCUUUUUUUUUGAUUAGUCUCUUCAGAUGUUAAAUGUUACGUAAUGUUUACCAGUAAACUAAUAGUUUAUCAUACAUUUUUUCCUUUUAAAUGUUUAUGCUAUUAUUUCAUCUAUUUUCUUUGUUUUAUUCUGUUCUUCUUAAACAAGGACAUUUAGCUUAUUUGUAACUUUUCUUUUUGUAUUAUUAAAUUGUCUCUGGAUUCUG